AUGGCCUCUGCCCGUGCCACCAUGCGGUAUGCCCCGGGCGUCGCCAUCGCCGUCGCGCCGCUCCUCAUCGCCACGGCCUCCGCCGCUGAGACAGGCGAGGCCGACCCGGACACCGCGCGCGACAACCAGAGGAUCGUCCUGGACUGCACGAUGAGGUGCGUGACCGAGGCGAUGGGCUGCGCCACGAGGUGCGCGGGCGCGCGCCCCGACGAGGCGCCCGUGUGCGCCGCGGCCUGCGUCCAAAGCGACAUCGGCUGCCUCGCCGGCUGCAGGCCGCCGCAGCCUGGGCCUGAUCACUCGUCUCCGCCCGCGCCCGUGCCACCAGCCGCGUGA